AUGCAAACAGAAGAUGCUGUUGAAUGGGGUUUCAAAACUAGCAGGGACCAGCAUUUCAAAACUAGCAGGGACCAGCAAGCAGCUGCUGCAACAUUUUUGAAAUUUUGGAUUUUUACUGCAGCCAAUCAGAAAAUUUCUGCAGUUAACAGAGCUGAUGGAAAAGCAGGUUUGGAAAACAACCAAAGGUCUGGGACACGAGCGCAAAUGAAUGUUCAUCUGAAAGGUCGGGACCUCCUUACUCUACAGAACUACACAGCUGAUGAACUGAAGUAUUUGCUGUGGAUGGCAUCAGAUUUGAAACAAAGGAUAAAGCACAAAGGAGAGUAUUUGCCUUUGAUGCAAGGCAAAUCUUUGGCCAUGAUUUUUGAGAAGAGAAGCACAAGAACAAGAUUAUCUGCAGAAACAGGAUUUGCUCUCCUUGGAGGACAUCCUUCCUUCCUUACAACACAAGAUAUACAUCUGGGCACUAAUGAGAGUCUCACAGAUACAGCAAGGGUGCUGUCCAGCAUGACAAAUGCAAUCUUGGCUCGAGUUUAUAACCAUAAUGAUCUGGACCUAAUGGCAAAAGAAGCCACCAUCCCAAUAAUCAAUGGAUUAUCUGAUUUAUACCAUCCUCUUCAGAUUUUAGCUGAUUACCUAACUCUUCAGGAGCACUAUGGAGGGCUGAAGGGGCUAACCAUCGCCUGGAUCGGGGACGGCAACAACGUCCUGCACUCCUUCAUGGCGAGCGCCGCAAAGCUGGGAGCGCACCUGCGGAUUGCCACUCCCAGGGGCUUUGAACCAGACCCCAGGAUAACUAAAAUAACCGAACGGAACUCCAAAGAGUGUGGUACCAAGUUACUUCUCACAACAGACCCUUUGGAAGCUGCAGACAGUGCCAAUGUCUUAGUUACAGACACGUGGAUAAGCAUGGGACAAGAAGAAGAGAAAAAAGAAAGACUAAAGGCCUUUCAAGGUUAUCAGAUUACAAUGCAGACUGCAAAAUCUGCUGCUUCCAACUGGACUUUUUUACAUUGUUUACCCAGAAAACCUGAAGAAGUUGAUGAUGAAGUAUUCUAUUCUCCACGGUCAUUGGUUUUCCAAGAGGCUGAAAACAGAAAAUGGACAAUUAUGGCUGUCAUGGUUUCCCUGCUGACAGAUUACUCACCACAGCUACAAAAACCCACAUUUUGAUGCUUGGAUUCCUGCCAGGAGAAAAAUAUUCCUCAUCAGCAGAAUAUUCUGGUCUGCAAACACAUAGAUCUUCUUCAGAAAGGACCAAGGCAAUGAGUGAUUUUUUUUAAUAAAA